UCUUCUUCUUCUUCAAUCUCUUUAAUCGCACGUAUAAAUAAGUUUUGGACGCCAAGAAAAUAACAAAAUUCGCAGUUGGAAUAACACAAUUAGCGUAAAAGCACAAUGGCCGAAUUCUCAGUGGAACGCGUCGAGGACAAGCGAACGGUGAACGGACGAACGGAAUACUAUCUAAAGUGGAAGGGCUAUCCGCGCAGCGAAAACACCUGGGAGCCGGUGGAGAAUCUCGACUGUCCAGACCUGAUAGCCAACUUCGAGGAGUCGCUGAAGAACAACAAGAAGGAGACAAAGAAACGCCUGUCCACCUCCUCCACACCCGAAUCCAUACGCAGCAAGCGCAAGAGCUUCCUGGAGGACGAUACCGAGGAGCAGAAGAAGCUGAUCGGCUUUGAGCGCGGUCUGGAGGCAUCAAAAAUACUGGGCGCCACCGACUCAUCCGGGCACCUAAUGUUCCUCAUGAAGUGGAAGGGCAGCGAUCACGCCGACCUUGUGCCCGCCAAGCUGGCCAACACUCGAUGCCCCCAGGUGGUCAUACAGUUCUAUGAGGAGCGCCUCACCUGGCACACGGGCAGCGGCAAUGGUAAUGGGAAUACGAAUUCCGUCAAUUUGGGAUCAUCCGGUGGCCUGGGCUCCGUCGGCGGCAGUGGGGCCGGCGAUGAUACUGCUCCCGGCAGCGUUGGCACCACCGGUGGCGGCAGCAAUAUAGAUGGCGGUGACGAGGAGGAUCCCGAACCGGCCAGCCCCAUUGGCAGCAUCAAUCAAGACGAGAAUAUCAAGCCGGACGAGAGUAGUGAGCUGGACAACGGACAGCCGGAUGCGGAUGACUAGUUGAGUGGCAGAUACAGAUGACUGUUUCGGAUUCACUCGCUUAUGUGGAUACAUACACACCGGCUUUAUACGAUAUAUGUACAUACAUAUUUCGUAGCGUAGCCCUUAAGAUAAAAAAAUUGGACAAACUGAAGUUCUGGCGUCAGUCAGCGGUAGUAUAUACAUAUACAUAUAUACAUAUACAUAUAUAUACAUACUUAAUCUAUAAGUUCAAUUGUAAAAUUGUUUUUAACAUCUACCUUUAUUUUUGACCCACAUAAAUGUUUUAUAAGCAUAUAACAUCACAGUGUUAAAUACAAUUGGCCUAAACUACGCUUAACCUGAUCAAUGAGGAACGACUCAGACUGAAGGACCACCUUUCUAUCUUAACAACUAUCCAGCUUUCUAACACUUUAAGUUAAAAAAAAACACAUUGAAAUUGCCAAUAUUUUUGUGUGGAAAUCAAAAGACGCCAAUUGUGCUGCCCACCUAGCGCCUUUAUAGCCAGAAUUUGAGAUUUUUUCCUAACAGGCAGUUAUUAAGAUCGAUUAAUUUAGAUUUUCCCGAUUUUUUCAUUGUUUCGCAAAUCAUUAUGUGUUCCAAACAAAAGCUUUUAAAACUAUGUAGGUUUGUAAGACUAAAGUAAAGUACGAAUAAAACAAAAUUGUGCUGGCAGAUAAUUUGCC